CAACACCGACAGAUUCCACAUAAUCCCACAUAAACACCGUCUAAACGCGUGUGCGUCUCGCGAAACAAAAAAGAGAAGCGUGUGUAUAUCUUCAGGCUAUGGCAGAUAACGGUAUAAAUCUAGCUGUACUUAACGGUGCGCGAACUGAAUGCUCGCUCGAGCAUGCUCGCGCGCGCGCGCGCGCUCCCUCUCUCUCUGCUCCUGACGUCAGCGAGUUUGUCUGAGAGUGUCGAGCCCAGUGAGCUCUCUUCAUACUGACCUCCAUUGUGAGCACGCUGAAGAUGCCAGCGCUCGCAGUCGCCGCCGCCGCCCAGUAGAGACCCCCCCAGCCCGAGAACCAAGCACCACGACCCCGCUCCAGAGACCGUGAGAGCGCGCGCUAGAGACGGAGACAGUCCUAUGUUCCAGCCCAACGUUGUCUUUUGCGGGAUUUAAUGCUCUAGCUAGUCGCCGACAGGGAGAGAGAGCGUGUGUGUGUGUGUGAGAGAGAGAGGGAUAGGGACAGCCUUAGAGAGGGAUAAGGAAGAAAAACCGAGGAAAUAUAGGAUUGCUCGCUGUUUCCUCACCCUGACCAUUUUGGAGAUAAAGAAGAGCCCAAGUUCAUCUAACAAUGGGAUGUACACUGAGCGCAGAGGAAAGAGCGGCUCUGGACAGGAGCAAAGCCAUCGAGAAAAACCUCAAAGAAGACGGAGUCACGGCUGCUAAGGAUGUGAAAUUGCUCCUGCUAGGGGCUGGGGAAUCUGGGAAAAGUACCAUCGUGAAACAGAUGAAGAUUAUCCAUGAGGACGGUUUCUCUGGUGAUGACGUGAAGCAGUACAAGCCAGUGGUCUACAGCAACACCAUCCAGUCCCUGGCUGCUAUCGUGCGUGCCAUGGACACACUGGGGCUUGAGUACGGAGACAAGGAGCGCAAAGCUGAUGCGAAGAUGGUUUGUGAUGUUGUGAGCCGUAUGGAGGAUACUGAGCCCUACUCCCCAGAGCUGCUGUCCGCCAUGAUCCGCCUGUGGUCUGACUCAGGCAUCCAGGAGUGCUUCAGCCGUGCCCGCGAGUACCAGCUCAAUGACUCCGCCCAAUAUUACUUAGACAGUUUAGAUCGGAUCGGUGCUGCAGACUACCAGCCCACAGAGCAGGAUAUUCUGCGAACUCGAGUGAAGACCACCGGGAUUGUAGAAACCCACUUCACCUUUAAGAACCUGCACUUCAGGCUGUUUGAUGUGGGAGGUCAGAGGUCGGAGAGGAAGAAAUGGAUCCACUGCUUUGAGGACGUGACCGCCAUCAUCUUCUGUGUGGCUCUGAGUGGAUAUGACCAGGUGCUCCAUGAAGACGAGACCACGAACCGCAUGCAUGAAUCCUUGAAGCUGUUUGACAGCAUCUGCAACAACAAAUGGUUCACAAACACCUCCAUCAUUCUCUUUCUCAACAAGAAGGACAUAUUUGAAGAGAAAAUUAAGAAAUCUUCCCUAAGUAUCUGCUUCCCAGAGUAUGCAGGUUCAGACACAUUCAUGGAAACGGUGGCCUACAUUCAAUCCCAAUACGAGAGUAAGAACAAGUCAGUUGACAAGGAGAUCUAUUCGCACAUCACCUGUGCUACAGACACCAACAACAUUCAGUUUGUCUUCGACGCUGUCACCGAUGUCAUCAUUGCCAACAACCUACACUUCUGUGGCCUUUAUUAAUUAACAGUGAUGCCCAGCUCGAUCCCUGCCCUGCAGUUGUGGCAACUGUUAUCUGAUGGAUAUGAUAAUUUUUUUUGUGAUUUUUUUUUAUGGGAGAAGAAUAGUUUGAGUUAAUUUAGGUGCCAAACGUCCUCCACUUCCUAGUUUUUCUUCACUGUAACUGAGUUUGAAAAAACUCAGACCUGCCCUGUAGUUCAUACCACAAAGUAUGCACCAGAUUAUAUCAGAUUAGGAUUUAUGGCAAUAUUUUGAAUUCCAAUGACUUUGUAGGUGGCACUAUAAAUAUUCUAUACUCAAUUACAAAUAAAUGCAUUGUGUAAUAUGAAUUCUAAGAUUAUUCACAUUACAUGUGUUCCAAGUUGACAGCCUGUGCAGAGUGUUGAUGAAACACAAGGCUUGACAUUUACUUGGCAUUUAGAAAAGAGUGCAAAUGUCCAGUGCCCUGAGCCUAACAACAAAAAUGUUAACCUCUUAGCAUCCUAAAAAACAACAGGAUGUGUUACUCUUCAAAAUUGGAUUUUAGACCUUUUAACCCAAGCACACAGGGCAUACCAAAAAAUGCAAAGUCAGUUGUUUUGGUUUAUUUUUGCAUUGUUUUGAAAACAGAGACAUCCAAUUGAAAAUGAUCAGAAAAACUAUUAAUACGGUAUAAAUCAGAUUCAGAUUAUUAUAAUAAAAUCAUGUAAUGUUCUUGUCUAUUUACAAUAUAUAUUACAGCUUUUAGUACAUUAAGCUGAAUGUAUAUGUAAUAUAAAUGCAAGUAAUUUUGAUAUAAGCAGUGAUUUUAUAUAUAUAUAUAUAUAUAUAUAUAUAGAUAUAGAUAUAGAUAUAGAUAUAGAUAUAGAUAGAUAGAUAGAUAGAUAGAUAGAUUAUUAUUAUUAUUAUUAUUAUUAUAAUUAUUAUUUAUUUAUUUAUUUAUUUAUUUUUGGCCACCAGAAUAUUAAAUUCCCUACUAAAAAAACUGAUUAGGGUUAUAGUUUGGUCUUAGUUAUAGAGGUGCAUGAAAUAGCAACAACCGGAGUAUUCUACUUAUGUAAGUAUGGCUGAAGUGCUAGAAUCACUGAGCUGUCUAACCCCAGGUUGUCUGCUGUUUUUUCAGUUUGUAUAUAGUUUGUAUGAUUGCUGGUCACAAACAGUGUGUUUAUAGCUGAAGUCAUUGUGUUGCCAUAUCUACAGUAGGAGCAAGAUGUUCCAUUUUUAAUUGCUUUAUUAGGUGUGCCAUGAAGAAUUGUGAACAGGAACAUUACUGUAAUGGCUACUGAUUGAACAGGAAGUUGAAAAGGCUCUUUUGUCUGAUGAGAUGUUGUUUGCUCUAGAAUAGGCAGACAUACUACAUUGUGUUUCUUACAUCACUGAGGUUGUCCUUGCAUUGAACCAAAGCCUUGACCACUAGACCUUGCUAUGUGUCUGUAUGCGUGUAUGUGUAAAUACAGAUCUAUAAUUUAUAUUUAAAUGCCAUAUACAGUAUGCUUUGGAUGUCUGCUGCCACAGCCUGAAAUGUGUGUACAAUACUUCUUAAAAGGAAAGUUAACCUAAAAUGACAAUUCUGACGUCAUUUAUUCACUCUCACGUUGUUUCAAACUUGUUUGUCUUUCUGUUUUCCGUGGAACACAAGAUGAGAAUGUUGAUGCUACUUUUUUUUUUCCAUACAAUGAAAGUGAAUGGAGAAUGGCUGUCCCUAACAUCGUUCCCAGCUGAGCAGCUUGCAAAUUCUGCUAAAUAUCUCCUUAUGUGUUCUAUAGAAAAACAAGAAAGUCAUAUGAGUUUGAACAUCAUGAAAGUUUGUAAAUUAUAACUGAAUUUUCAUUUUUUUUAGCUUUAAUCUUCACAUCACUUCAGGAUAACUGCAGUAAAAUAUCAACUUGUCACCAUUAAGUCUCAAUCACUGACCAGCUGCUGCAAAUCUGUGAGGAAUGUGAUUCAAUUUAAUAGUUUUCUUCAGAAGGCUAAAGGACAGUGAUUUUUUUUUCCUAAACAAAAAAGCCAAAACAUAAACUUUAAUUGUACAUUUUAUAUAAUCAGGUCAUAAAUGGUGGUUUCCUUAAUGUUAAAACAUGCAAAAUGUUGCCAACAAUAAGUUGUUAUUUGUUCCAAUAUUGGGCAUUUUGCUGGGAAGGAACACAGCGUUCUCUGAGCUUUGUAAAUACAUUUAGCAAACGUGUGUGGUGUACAGUGGCUUGCACUCCAGAAGCCAAACAAAGACCCAACAGGCAUAUUUUUUGCGUAAAAAUAUUUGGCCUUAUUGCCUGAUUGAAAUUUGGAUUUUAGUUUCAAAGAAUGAACAGGGUGUGUGGCUAAUGUAAAAAAGUAUUUUCAGUUCAGACAAAUCGGUAAUAAGGUCAGUGGCCAAGGUAAAGAAACUCAAGGGUAAUUGAGUCUAUCUAUUGCUAAGGGGGGGCUUUCAUCACACUGACUGAUUUCUAAUGUAAUAGGCUUGAGCAGUACAUUUUGCUAAUGUAACAUGAUUUACUUGAAAUUAUACUUAAAUUAGACAGGAAAGAGUGAGUUCCAUUGUGUUUAAUAUAUAUUGCAGCAUACAGCAGCACCCAACAGACUGGAGCCAUAUUCUCCUGUUUUAUUUCUGUGAAAUCCCAGUGCCCAUUUUGUGUUUUUGUCAAACUGCUGUAAUUAUUUGUACGUGUCUCUCACUGUUGUGAUUAUUUAUUGAACAAUGGAUAUCUAUUUAUAUGACAUAAAUGAAUAAAGUGCUCAUGAAAUUCAGUGUGAAACCCAUUUUUGAGUCUUGCAUCCUCUCUCACACAAACAAACUUCUCAAAAUUCCUAGAAUGAGCAGAUGCUAAUAUCUUUCUUGAUUGCCGCCUUUUCACCUGUUACCAAUACUUUCCAUUUCUGAUAGAAGCUCAUUCAUGACCAGAUGCUGUCAAUGCAGAGUUGAAAUAACUCUUCCUGUCAGAUAAGUGGCCCAGGUUAUACUUGUAGACUACCUACAUGUCAACAUGAUGUCAGAUGUGCAUGUAGUAAAGUUAAUUCAUAGUUGUUCCUGCCAACGCAAAUGGGCAGAAUUGAUUCUGAACUUUAUUUGCAUAAUAAUACAAUUGGACAACAAGAGUCUUAGUUGAUACCAGAUUUUGGCUCGUGCUCGUGCAAUGAUGUACCAAUUGAUGUUUUGCUUUUUUUGGGCCUCAACUAGUAGCUUAUCUUGACUCAACUACUCUUGCUUUUUGGAUUUGCCCACUAACCUUUUCUGUUUUCUGUCUCUUUCUGCCUCUUUUACUCUAUUUUUCUCUUUCUGUCUAUCCCCCUGCUCUGGUUUCUUUUCCA